CGCGCCGCGCCGAGCCGAGCCGAGCCGGGCACAGCGCAGAGCCCAGCCCGCAGCCCGACGGCCCCGCGCCGCUCGCCCCCAUGGCCCGCCCGGCGCUGCUGCUGCUCCUCGCCGCCGCCGGAUCGCUGGCUGGCGUGCUGGAGGUGCAGCGCAGCGUGACGGCGGUGCUGGGCACGGAUGCGGUGCUGCCCUGCCAUUACCGGGCCCAGAUGGGCGAGAAGGUGGUGCAGGUGACAUGGCUGAAGCAGGGGGCAGACGGGCAUAGCGUGGAGUUGGCCGUGCUGCACGCGGAGCACGGGGAGCACAUCCAGGAGCCCUACAAGGGACGGGUGCUGCGGCAGGCACAGGGGGCCCUGAUGGACGGCGCCAUCGUGCUGAAGAACGCCGUGCAGGCCGACGAGGGCACCUAUGAGUGCCGCCUCAUCACCUUCCCCCUGGGCAACUUCGAGGCCAGCCUGAUGCUCAAGGUGCUGGUGCCCCCCCUGCCAAUCCUCAAUCCCGGCCCCCCGCUGGAGGAGGGCCAGGGCAGGACGCUGGCCGCUUCGUGCACGGCAGAGGGGAACCCAGUGCCCACGGUGACCUGGCAGACGGAGGUGCACGGCACCAACAUCACCCGCCAGUCCGUGCAUCCCCGCUCGGCCUCCAUCACCAGCGAGUUCUUCCUGGUGCCCGGGCGCAGCAUGAACGGCAAGGCAUUGACCUGCAUUGUCGCCCAUCCAGGGCUGCAGCACGAGAAGAGGAUCACGCAUAUGCUGAGUAUCGCCUAUCUCUCGGAUGCUUCAGUGCUGGGGCAUGAGAAGGAGGAGGAGUGGCACCAGGGCAAGGAGGGGGCUUCCCUGAAGUGCCUGGGGGAGGGGAACCCCCCACCCACCUACAACUGGACCCGGCUUGAAGGCUCCAUCCCUGAAGGUGUGAAGGUCAAGGGUGAUGUCCUCGUCUUCCAAAGACCCCUCUCCGUCAGCGACACGGGUGUCUAUGUCUGCCGAGUUGCCAACAGUUUUGCCACCAAGGAGGCUUGGGCCAAUGUCAGCAUCAAAGUGAGCGCUGUGAAGCAGGUGGACGUGGUGUCUGCCUCCAUGGUGGUAGUGGGUGUCAUCGCCGCUUUGCUGCUGUGCGUGCUGAUCGUGGUCGUCAUCUGCAUGACCCUCUAUCACAGGCGCAAAACCAAGCGCAUCUCCGAGAAGUACGAGGAGGAGCUGACACUGACAAGGGAGAACUCCAUCCGGCGCCUGCACUCCAGCCACAGCACUGACACAAGGAACCAGACUGAGGAGAUGCUGCACUUGCGUGGGGAGAGCCGGCAGGGCAGCCUGCGAGGAGACAGCCGGCAGGGCAGUCUGCGCGGUGACAGCCUGCAGGGCACCAGUGUCUGCUCUGUCCUGAGCGAGGAGGCAGAAGGACGCAGCUACUCCACGCUGUCGACAGUACGGGAGAUCGAGACGCAGACGGACGUGCCAGCCGCCCCGGCACCCACCCCUGAGUACAAGGACAUGAAGGAGGAGGAGGAGGAGGAGCGCAAUGGCGACACCAUAAAGCAAGCCAUGACCCACUUCAUCCAGGAGAACGGCACGCUGCGGGCCAAGCCCAGCACCAAUGGCAUCUACAUCAAUGGCCGGGGCCACCUGGUGUGAGCACGGCUGCGGGCAUGGACUCACCUGCCCUGCGGUGCCGGGGGCUGGGCACACAUGCCCCCAGAGCCCCCACACACCUCUGCCUGGGCCUUGUACAAACAGCUGGGAUGGGCUUUGGAUGCAGGGGCGCGGGUGCUAACUGUGGGACCCGGGACCCUGGCCAACGUGGAGUCCCCUCUGGCCUGCCCCUUGCUCCAGCCUGCCUCUGCCUCCAGCCUGGGGGCCUGCACUGACUCUGCUCUCCAGUCUGUUCUGCCUUCACCCCAAGGGGAGCCACCCCUGGGGCAGGGCUGGGGCAUCUCGUGCUCCUCUGGCAGUGGGGCUGUGCCCGCCUUGGCAGGGGAUGGGGCUCUGAGCUGCCCCAGGGCUCCCUGGGGUGGAUGGAGGAGACCAUCAGGAUGCUACAUGAGUAUCAGCCACAGGCUGGGUGGCCCAUGGGACCAGGCCCCUGUCCAAAGAGACCCCAGGCUAGCAAGGGGUGGGGAGUACAUGUGAGGGGUGGGUAAGCUUCUGCGUCUCCCACUGCCUCCAGGAAAAGAGACACUGGAGCUGUGCCCCACUGGCAGCCCCUCCGCGGGCAGCGCUGGCACCGCUCACAGCUGGGCUGUGAUGAACACGAGGGCCAGCAAUCCUUUCCCUGGGCUGCUGGGCUCCCACUCCCAGGUUGCCAUGCCUAGCAUCACCUCGCAAGGCCUCCAAGUCCCAGCCGGGCUGGGCUGCCCAGUGCUCCCCACGGCCCCCCAGCCUGCCACAGUCCUGGCAUCCAGUCCCAGGUGCUGGCCAGACCCAGCUGUGCUCCCUCAGUCCCUGGGACUGGGGAGAGGGGGUCCCUGCUGUGGCCUGAAGAUUUGAACCUAGGCAUCCAAGGACUGGGCAGGGUGUGGAGUCACCCAGCAUCCUCUGACAGUAACAGGCAGCUCAGCCUCCUCCAGUGGGCUGCUGUGUGGGAGGGACCAGGGGGACAGGGACAGGGCCAUGUCUGUCCCACCGUGCUCUGGCUCAUGCAGAAUAGCCCUAGAGAGCCCAGGGGUCCCAAGUGCACCCUCAUGCCAGACGUCCCUGCCUGGGAAUACCCACAGUCAGCACUGACCAGGGCAAGGGGCUUUUGUGGGUGGGAGCCAGGCUAUGUGUAGAGCCUCACAACCACGUGGCAGCUCUGUCCCAGGCUCCUAGUCCUCUCCGGAGUCCCCAGCAGCCCUGCAGCCUGUUGGGAGAGAGCAAAGCUUGCCUCCUUGUCCCUGCUGGCACUGAGCCCUGUGAGUCCCUGGUGCUGGCAGGGCAGGGCAUGGCUUUGCUUCACAAUCUCAGCAUUUCCCCGAUCCCCUGGUCUGGUUGCAUGUCCUCAGCUGCUUCCUCCCUGCCACCGCAGAGGGGCUGGGGAGCAUGUGGGGGUUGAAGUGUCCCGUUCCCUGGCCACGAUGCCCGGUGGGGAGAGUUACAGGGCAAUGGGAGGGACUGACAUGGGUCCCCUCUGCAGAGACGAUCCAGCCCCAGGCCAUGAGGGGCCAUCACCCAGUGCCUCCCACCUUCCCCUGCUGCCUUAUUUAUCGCAUGGGCCUGCCUGGUGCUUUGCUGAUUUCAGAGCGAAGGAUCCUCACAAUCCCUGGGAGCUCACCACGCAGCCAGUUGAGGGUGUGCCCCAGUGAGGGGCUGAGAGCUGGUAAAUCUAGCUGGGGAGGUGCAUGGUCACUUGUAUCCACACAGGCCAGGAUCACAGCCUGGCCCAUCUCAUCUGGGCUCUGACCCUCCCCAGGGGCUGCUAGUGUCACUGGGGGGCGGGGGGUAGGGUAGAUUCAUAGAUGUUAGGGUCGGAAGGGACCUCAACAGAUCACCGAGUCCGACGCCCUGCUGGGGCAGGAAAAAGUGCUGAGGUCAGAUGACCCCAGCCAGAUGCCUGUCCAGCCUUCUCUUAAAGACCCCCAAGGUAGGGAGAGCACUACCUCCCUUGGAAGCCCAGUCCAGGAUUUGGCCACUUUCACCGUGAAGAAGUUCUUCCUGAUAUCUAGCCUAAAUCUGCUCUCUGUCAGUUUGUGACCAUUGCUCCUUGUUACCCCAAAAGGUACCCUAGUGAACAAAGCAUCUCCAAUCCCUUGCUGUGUCCCCCUGAUGAAUUUGUAGGUAGCCUCAAAAUCACCUCUCAGUCUUCUCUUGCUGAGGCUGAAGAGGUCCAGGUCCUUCAGCCUCUCCUCAUAGGGCUUGACCUGCAAACCCUUAACCAAUAUGAGUGGCCUCCUCUGGACCCUCUCAAGGCUAUCCACAUCCUUCUUGAAGUACAGCACCCAAAACUGGACGCAGUACUCCAACUGCGGUCUGACCAGUGCUGCAUUGAGGGGAAGGAUCACCUACUUGGAUCUAUUCAUCAUGCAUCUGCUGAUGCAUGAUAAAGUCUGGCUAGCUUUGCUGAUGAUUUCAUCACACUGAUGACUCCUGUUCAUCUUGGAGUUCACAAUGGCUCCAAGAUCCCUUUCCACUUCUGUGCUGCUGAGAGGGUCACUUCCCAGCCAGGAGGGGUGCUGGAUAUUUUUGCAUCUUAGGUGCAGCACUCUGCACUUGUCCUUGUAAUGCAUCCUAUUGUGUGCUGCCCUCUUUUCUAACCUAUCCAGGUUUGCCUGCAAUUGUUCCCUACUGUCUGGAGUGCGCACUUCACCCCACAAUUUAAAAUCAUCCACAAACGUGGACAGAGUACACUUCACGCCCACAUCCAAGUCACUAAUGAAGAUAUUGAAGAGUAUCGGUCCAAGGACCGAGCCCUGUGGGACCCCACUGCCCACAUCCUUCCAGGUUGAUACCGACCCGUCUACUACCACUCUCUGAGUGUGACCCCCCAGCCAAUUUGCCACCCACCGGACUGUGUAAACAUCUAAGUCACAGCCUCUUAAUUUAUUUAUGAGAAUGGGGUGAGAUACCAUAUUGAAGGUCGUCCUAAAAUCCGGGAAAAUGACAUCCACCUCUACUCCUGCAUCCAAGCAUUUUGUGACCUGGUCGUAAGAUGAAACCGGAUUAGUCAGACAUGAUCUACCUGCUAUGAAUCCAUGCUGGUUGCCCUGCUGCAUUAUUUUUCCUGCUGAACUCCCACAAAUAUGAUCCUUAAUAAUCUUUUCGAAGACUUUUCCAAGGAUGGAGGUGAGGCUAACUGGCCUAUAAUUGCUCAGAUCCUCCUUCCUUCUCUUCCUGAAAAUAGGGACCACAUUGGCCCUUUUCCAGUCCUCUGGGACCUGACCCGAGCACCAUGAGCGCUCAAACAGCUGUGCCAGUGGUUCUGCUAUGACACCAGCCAAUUCCUUCAGUACCUUCGGAUGCAGCUCAUCCGGGUCUGCCGACUGAAACGCAUCCAGUCCAUCCAAGUGACUCUGCACCAAGUCAGCAUCCACGGUUGGAGGGCUGGUGUCCCUCUGAUGACCAUCCAAGAACCCGUUAGGAGAUUUAUCUUGAUCCUCGUUCAUGAACACCAAGCUGCCCGGCUGCUUCCUCCCUGCCGCCGCAGAGGGGCUGGGAUAAUGUCCCACCUGUCUGUGGGCCUGCUCACUCAGACUGCACACGGUGCCUGCCCUGUGCUGCCACGUCGUGUGCACGCAACAUCCUGACCCCUGUGGCAGGAGCUGGUGCCCUGAAGCACGAGGCUGGAUCGUCCCCUUCGGUUUCCUUGGCUUACUGAACCCCUGCCUGAACCCUUUACUGAACCCCUGCCUGAACCCUUUACUGAACCCCUGCCUGAAAUUGGCCCUCGGGAUUCAGGUCUCCAAAGCUGGUGUCAGCAGAGCUGCACUUAGAAAACCCUCGGCUUCCAGGGCCCUGGUGUGAGCCAUGCAUGGCUAGCAGGGAAGGAAAGGCCGUGCCUGGAGACCCCUAAGCAGAGCCCGGGUCAGCAUUGGGGCGCAUCACUGGCUUGCUUGCAUGCUGGGGCGUGUCUUGGGUGCUGUCGGGCAGACUAUGUUCUGUAAAUGUGUGUAUAUAGCAUCCUACCCAUGUGUAUAUAGAUGUAUAGGAGGAGGCCACGCCGCCUGUUUUGUUACGUGCACUGCUGGUUUUGUAAAUAAAACCCCCUUUGACCCCUGG